GCCGUCCCUGCAAACAAUGUAAGCAAUACAAAAGGGGGAACAAAUAUUGUACCAGAUCCUGUCGGUGCAGAUGUUGCAAGGAAAAUAUGUGCCCAGGUGGUUGUGGUUAUCGUUGCGGUGUACGGGUAAGUAGUCGUAUACAUAUCUUAGGAGACUUUUCCACUUAUCAAGACAUAGUAAAGAUUUUCUUUAUAAUGAAAGAAACUGGCCGGAGUUCAUUACUCUCGCUACUGAGUAUCGGCACGUUUCAGGCUAAGUUGUCAUCCAGACCAGGUGUCCAUCCAGUUUAUCUGAUAGCUUCCUAUUACAGUUGACUGUAGGCUUGUUCCAAGAAUGCUAAAAUAAAUCAGAACAAUGAAUGACUGGAAGGCAUAGUGAAGAGAGCCACUUUAAAAAAGACAAUAGAACAUACCGACAUGUAAGGUUUUUGAAAUCUUACAUUUUCAAACCCAUUACAUCCAGAGCUGUUUCGUGAGACGGACUAGACCGCAAACUAGUGUUAAAAAUUAAUACUUAUAUUUGUUUUAAAUUUCUUUCGCUAUAGUGUAAAAAUAAAAAGCCGCACCCACCAUGUCCCUGAUGAGAUGACGUUUGUUCGGGAAAGGCCACCACGGAACAUAACACAAACGACUGCAAAUGGAUAA